CUUUUAUUCUGACGGACUCGGGCAGGAAGUGGUACUGUUGUGGCUGAAGACGAGCUCCCUGCGAAAUCUAAGGUAACGUAACUCUCAAAGAAGACUCUGCGCGUUGGACACUGAGUGGAAAUUUCCUCCAAUAUUUCGUAAACGAAAAACAGAUUUCUCGCUGAUUAGGGAGGGGGGCGAUACCAUGUGGGAGUCACAUGAACGACGAGGAUGAGGCAUAAACAACAAGCGGGCAGCGUAAGAAAAGAGUCGCUGCACGGUCUCUGCCACAGGGACGGGGUUUGCUGCCUGUAAGGGCCCCGCAACAAGCAGCCCCCCCCGUGUCCUCGCUUCCUGAACAUAUGCAAUGAACAGCACAACUCAGCCUCCUGCCAUCGUCGAUGGGGAUGUGGCAGUCGGCUAUGUGUUGGUACCUUUUCUUCUCAUCACCACCAUUGGAAUAGCUGCAGCUGUGGUCAUGUAUAUACGCAGGAGAAGGAGAAUUGAUAGACUCCGUCAUCAGCUGUUGCCAGUUUACACAUAUGAUCCUUCAGAGGAACUUAAUGAAGCAGAGCAAGAAAUGUGGAGAGAAGAAGACACGAGGAUUGUACAAGGUUGGGCCAGAAGUUAUUCACAGCGACGCCCUCUUCUGACCAAAGACGUCAGUGCAUGAUGUUGGCAAACCAUGGCACAGAACAUUUCCAGUGUGGAGACAAACAUCAGUCAUUUCUGAAGUCAUGCACAAGACUUUCUUUGUGUUGUUUGUCUUCGCUACCCUCUGCCGUUAUCUCUGAGUACAUCAGCCACAGUCAGCAUCUUUGUUCUUUCCUGUUUUAUGUACAGACAGAGUAACAUCUGUGCUCAUCUGUGUGGGUCUGAUGCCAGUCCUGUGUGCCUAUCUGACGCAGUACCUUAAACUUAUUUAUUUGAAAUUAUUUAUUCAGACAUUUGACUGUGGUUUUCAGAGACAUGACUCAAAGUUCAGAAAGGUGGGAUGCAUUUUAAAAAUACAGCUUCUGCCUGGUUUACUUGGUUGUUUACAUUCACAGUGUUGUUGUGGGUGGCAUGUGGCAAGCAGUUUUGUUCCUGUGGGUUGCAGUAGGCAAAUCUAGCAAUUAGAAUUUAGGGGCUGUGUUUACAGUGUGGUAAGAGAUGACUGUUCUGCACUAGUUAGAAAAUCAUCAAUCCCUGUAAGAGAAUUUGUGAUCAUUGCCUUGAUAGGUUGUUGUGCACACCUUGUUUGCAGUGCUUUAAUAACAAACAUUGCUUCUUUUAUGAACUGCAUUAAACUCCCAACAGUCACAUUUGCUGACGUGACAUACUGCAGCAUCACUCACAAAAAGAGUUUCAAAUUCAAAGUUUAAUAUAGAUAAAAACGGAAUUAGCUUCUUAUUCCAGUUUUAUUCCAGUUUCUUUUUGAGUCACACCCUCUUUGGUUUUAAUUAGCUGCCACAAGAUCCGGAUAUUUUUGCAGUUGGCCAAAUCCUGUGACUCUUAUCAAUGGCAUGAGAAACCAGAUAUGGAAGUAAAUAACACCAUCCUCCUUUCAUCCCCAAAUGAGUCGUGACUAGUGCCCUAAAUAUGUCCUGUCUACAAGGCAUGGCACCAGUACAGAUUUACCUCGAGCUGAAGAGUCUGUUCAGAUGAAUGCCAUAGGUCUGACUGUAUCAAGCACUCAGGAAACCUCUUUUUUUUUUUCCUUGAUGGGUUACAGCCUUUCCAGUCCUUUAUUUGCCUUGCAUCUAUGAAUGUAAACUAAAUACGAGAGAACUGUUGAACUGUUCUUACAGCUGAACAUGUAUGGUAGUGAUUGUGAAUAUAAAUGUGUUGGACAGAUAAUAACUAAACUAAACUUCAUGGUUUCAGGUAUGACAUCUCAUCUCAGAAUGAGCUUUCACAUGGAUGUUUUCUAUAGAACGUGUUCCUUGGUGCUCCCCGGUCCUCUUUGCAUCUCACUCCUCAUAGUCAUAUGACAUUUGCACUGGUCAAACGCCUGGUGAAUUUAAUGGAACGCUCUGAUUUCAAGUUGCACUUGAAAAGUCAAAGAACUACUGCUGUAAAUGUGAAUUUGGUUAUAAAGUUUCACUUUCA